AUGCCUCCCAUAUGUACAUUAACUAUAAGAAAAGAGGAUAUUAUCUGCUCCCAUUUAACCGUCUCUCUCUCAAACCCCCUCUCGAAAAAUCCCUUACUAUGCGGCGAGAACUAUCUCAAGAUCUGCAGUUUUCACAAUCUUUCCAUUGAAAUCGGGAUCCCGAUCACGAUCCCAACCCUGACCUAUCUCCCAACCCUGUCGGUUGGAGCAGACUCUACGGAGACUCCAACUUGGACUCUAGUGAGUAACCCGGAGGGUGGGGCUGGGGCGGUGAGUGUGGCUGAUGUGUCCGGUGUGAGUAACCCGGAGGGUGGGGAUGUGGCUGAUGCUUCGUUAUAUAGUGAAGCGGCGGCCUUGGCUCUCAAGGUGAAGAAAUUUAAUGGUUUCCAAGGUGAAGACCCACCACAACUCUAUUCUCUGGUUGGCAAAAAAUUGAUCAAGCAAGUCAAAAAGAUGCUGGAGGGAGUUGGAGGAUGCGGCUGCAGAGCGGUCCCUGAAACGCCGGGAGUCAGAUGAUGUGGCUGAUGCGGCUAUGGAGCGGUCCCAGAAACGCAGGCAGCUCGGAGACGGAGAUGGAGACUGAUCUGAUCAACUAUCUUGCAUUAGACUUUCAAUUUUCAAAUUUCGCAGACUUGACUUGUGUAUUUUGAUAUUAGUCGACUCCUUCCAUUAUCAUAUUAUCUUCCUGACUUAGACUUCUUUAA